UGAGGGAUCCGAGGUGCCUGAGGACCGACUUGUGGAGGAGGCAGCGGAUGUCUGCUCUGCGGGGCUGCAUCGCCAUGGGAAGCCGCCUUGCAAAUUUGGCUACGAAAGGCAAGUCCGGCGAGGCUUCUCUUCCUGGCAUAGGAGCAGGAGAGGCUGACGACUAGAGGAGCAUGGCGAGGGGCAUACCCAAGGACCCUGAACUGGCGGUGCAAGAGCCGGACCGAAGGUCCCCGGGCACAAUGGAGGACAAGCGAAACAUCCAGAUCAUCGAGUGGGAACACCUGGACAAGAAGAAGUUCUAUGUGCUUGGUGUGGCGAUGACCAUGAUGAUCCGUGUUAGCGUGUACCCAUUCACCCUCAUCCGCACUCGGCUUCAGGUUCAGAAGGGCAAGAGCCUGUACCACGGGACCUUUGAUGCCUUUGUCAAGAUCCUGCGAGCAGAUGGCGUGACGGGCCUCUACCGGGGCUUCCUGGUCAAUACCUUCACACUCGUCUCUGGCCAAUGCUACGUCACCACUUACGAGCUUACCCGGAAGUUUGUAUCCGACUACAGCCAGAGUAACACAGUCAAGUCACUGGUGGCCGGCGGCGCUGCCUCCCUGGUGGCCCAGAGUAUCACAGUGCCCAUCGAUGUUGUCUCCCAGCACCUGAUGAUGCAGCGCAAGGGGGAGAAAAUGGGUCGCUUCCAAGUUCAUGGGAACCUAGAGGGACAAGGGAUAAUUGCCUUUGGCCAAACUAAGGACAUCAUCAGACAGAUCCUGCGUGCUGAUGGGCUUCGAGGCUUCUACCGAGGCUACGUGGCCUCACUGCUGACAUACAUCCCCAACAGUGCUGUAUGGUGGCCCUUUUAUCACUUCUAUGCGGAGCAGCUGUCGUACCUGUGUCCUCAGGAGUGCCCUCACAUUGUCUUCCAAGCCAUCUCUGGGCCCCUGGCUGCAGCCACUGCCUCCAUCCUCACCAAUCCCAUGGAUGUCAUCCGAACCCGUGUGCAGGUUGAAGGCAAGAGCUCCAUCAUCCUGACCUUCAGACAGCUGAUGGCAGAAGAGGGGCCUUGGGGCCUCAUGAAGGGCCUCUCAGCACGAAUCAUCUCGGCUACACCCUCCACCAUCGUCAUCGUGGUGGGCUACGAGAGUCUCAAGAAGCUCAGCCUGCGGCCUGAGCUGGUGGACUCACGGCACUGGUAGCCCAUGCUGGACAAAGAGGCUAUGGUUUCACACAUUAUUCUGGGCCAGGGUAGAGCAGGGAGGUUAGUACCCUUGUGAAUGCCACCGUGACAUACCCAUCCUGCCUCUGGCUAGGUGACCUAUCUGGGACAAGAGAAGAAACUCUGGACUGCUCUUGCUGAAGAGGUUCUGUGCCUGGCUUCCCUGUUCCCAGUAAUUUUAUUUCUCCUGCAGAUCUGGGCCCCUAACUAGGUUCUUGUACUCAAUCAUGGUCUGAAGAUUAACCUCCACAGGACCCUGUCAGCCCCUCACUGGUGCCCCUUUCUCUGUGUCUGUCCCUCAGGCCUGGAGAAGGACUAUUAUGGAGUUUCCUUGUCCCCUGCUUCUUCCUCUUGAGUCUCUAAGCCAAGGUUCCAAGCAACUACCCAUGAUUUAUUUUUUAUGCUUGCUUAUUUUAAAUUUGGGACCGAGUCGUCUACUGGACUACUAUGCUUUGCCCUGCCUUUUAGGGACACAUGAGAGUAGCAAACACUUUUCUCUAGGAGUUACCACGAAUUAGAAAUGCCAAGGCUUUGCUUGUGGGUAUAGCUUAACAUCUGUGAACCAGGCAACUCACUCUGACAGCAUCAGGCCUGCUGUUGGAACCCACUCCUUGCAGAAGUGGAAAACUGUGAUGUCCAUCCCCAUUCUCUGUCCCUUCCCUGUCCCUUCAGGCCUGGGAACCUGAAGACAAGGAAGGGCUGUUGGCCUCCGUUGCCUAGGAGAUGACAGUGGCGGGCACAGUUGCAGUGGGUCAGACUUCCUGGAGUACACUGGACUUGGAACAUUGCCCUGAAGACAGUUGAGAGAGUAACGAGAGGGUGUGUGCUCCUCACUCUUAUCUCCUCGGGCCAGCUGAGCCAAGCCCAGGAGGCAGCAGUGGAGGGUCCGAGCCCCAGGCAGCAAUGCCACACACACACACACACACACACACACACACACACACACACACACACACACACACACACACACACACCUGUCACUCAGAUGUGGAACUCUGGAAUAUGAACUGUCCUUGUUUUUCCUGUCCUUGGUUGUGAAGUGUCAUUGCAGUCUUGGUACCCUGUGCUGGCAACAGUGAGAAGAACAGUCAGGAAGGCACCCAAGGCCAGGCCCACCGCGGUUCCCAGCCUCACACUGCCAAAUCGUUGAUGCUGCUGCAGGAGCCCCUUCCCUGCCCUCGCCAAGCCUGUGCUGGAGGAGAGAGGCACAGCACUUGGACGGAAGAAGGCAGUCGUAUCUUGACUUCUUGCUUAUGAUGAUGGCCUGGGCGAUGCUUCAGCCUUUUGUAAUGGUCCCACGCCUUGGGAAAUGCCAUGGUGCCAAUUUGGAAGGUGCUAGCUAACUGAAGCUUCACGCUUCCCAGUGCUGCUCCACAUUUUCCCAUCCUAACCCUUCCUUUACUUGUCUCGUGUUUUAGUUGUUCUGAGACGGGAUCUCAGGCUUGUCCUAGGCUGGGUUUGAUUCUCUAUGUAGCAGGGGAUGACUUUGAACUCUUGGUUUUUGGAGACAGGGUUUCUCUGUGGCUUUGGAGGCUGUCCUGGAACUCACUUUGUAGACCAGGCUGGUCUCAAACUCACAGAGAUCUGCCUGUCUCUGCCUCCGCCUCCCGAGUGCUGGGAUGCCCAACUGACUUUGAACUCUUAGUCAUCCUCGGCCUCCUGAGUUCUGGGUUUACAGUGCCCCGCCAGGCCUCAUUUCCUGCACUUUAAUAAGAGUCCUCCAAUUUUGUCCAUAGUCAUCUGAAGGGGGCAGCCCACAGUCAAUUUUGAAAUUUUCGCUCCUCCACCUUAAGAACUGUCAACACAAUGAAAGCAAGGACCCCUCUCAAGCCUUUCAGGUCACGACUUUUGUCCGGUAUUUGUCCCCCUCGUCUUUGGUCCUUCCUUACUGGGGCAGAGUGUGGACACCACAGAGGUUCCUGCCUUUCAUGCCUUAGGUUAUUUCUCCUCCUGACUUCAUUUUCUUGGACGGUGUUGUCUCUGCCCCUCCUGUCCCUUCCCUUUCCUCCGUUUCCCUUCUUGGUUGAAGGACAAUGCUGGUAAAGGGACCCCUGCUUUUCCCAAGGUCAGGGGCUGGGAUUGGCCGUGGUGAGGAUGGGCCAGUGGGCGCCCGUUUUUCCAAAACUGGAGAGCAAAACAGCUAGAAAUUUUAACCUGUUGGUCCGUAAGCAACCUAAUUUAGAAACUCGAAAAGACAGGAAAACUGGAAGCAUAUGGGGAGAAAAUGCACUUAACCAUUUGGUAAAAAUGGACUCUUGAGGAUAUUAGCUGCGAAUAUUCACUGUUGCACUGUAUGAAAUCUUUGAAAUGUAAUUAAACGUUUUUAUUGAGCCCCUAA